UCAUUGUCGGUUGAACAGCACAAAGGUCGUAUACUCCCUAACGCCGACUUGUGCACUUACAACAUUCACCAAGUUUGCACACGAACAAGUACAACACGAACAACACCAGGAUCUCGUCGAUAGCGUCUGUUCAGAUUGAUAAAGUCCGUUAUCAAACUCGGUAAUACAUGGGUAAGUUCGUUUUAUAGCCCAUAUUGUUUCGCUUGUGGUUAAACGUUGACAUUUUGUUGGCGCUGGAGACGAUGAUGAUGAUGUUGAUGGUUGACCACAGCGUAAACAAAGAGGCCAUCAUAACCUCAGCAUGAGAGAACACUAACCAAGCUCAAAGCAACCUGGCAGGGACCACAGGCUCAGUCACACGGUGACUUUCCCUCUUUGAGUGAUCAACAACAACAACCGCAGCAGCAGCGCACGCAUACGCCCUUACAGAAUGCCGUUCCUCUUAAUCAACUCCCACCAGGGUUAACGCCAACUAUGGGUAAAGAACAGGAUCAGCCAUCGCUGAAUACUACGAAGCCGGAGUCUGAGCAGACAGAUAUGGAUAGAUAUGGACUUAACGGCUUGCUUUCGCUUGUACGUGGCGAGCAGAGCGAUCAAAAUACCGUGGCACUGGGAACGGAUUUGAACUUUCUUGGGUUGGAUCUCAGCAGCAGAACCGAUGGGGUUAAAUUGAGUAAAACAUUUGCAUCACCGUGGAUAGAAACGUCCCGAAGUGAAGUGGAGCCCCAGUUCAAGACGCCUGAGGAAUUUCAUAUAUCGGAUGUCUCAAAGCUCGAGGAGAAGUUGACGUUGUUCACGGACGAGACCCUAUUCUACAUCUUUUAUACAAGACCAAGGGACGUGUUACAAGAGUUAAGUGCAAGGGAAUUGAUGAAUAGAAAUUGGAGAUUCCACAAGGGCCUGUCUCUAUGGUUGACCAAGGAUCAGAGUGUGGAGCCUAUCCAACAGGAUGCUCAGAGUGAAAGAGGUGUGUAUAUCUUUUUCGAUCCUCACAAUUGGGAGAGGGUCAAGAAAGAGUUCAUCUUACAAUACGCAUCCAUAGUGGCAUGAAAUAUAUGUAUAUUGACGUAAACACUGUGUA